UAAUAAAAUUGCAUAACCUUAUUUACCAUGGCAGACGAAUAAUUAACUAUUCUUUACAUAAUUAAUCCAGAUCCUAUAUUUUAUGGUAUGAUGGAUUAACUUAUCAUUGAAACCUUUCAAAGGCAUAAAGUUAAUGUAAUAGUCACAGAACUUGAAGAAUUAAGUUUUAUUGUUGGGAAUGUAAAUAUUAAUCAUAUCUCUAUAUACAGGAAAUAACAUUCUAUAGAAAAGGAGAAUAAAUACAAUUUGAUGCAUUUUUAGGAUAUGGAUAUAUGGCACCAAAACAUAACUAAGAUUAUAUGUAUUUUACUUUUGCUGUUCAUUCAGCUGGAAAAAUUACAUUACAUAAACCGGAAACAGAAGAAAUACUUUAAAAUAAAUUACUUCAAUAUCUCAAAUUUAGUGAGAAUCAAGUUCCUAUUCCAAGAUCUGGAACCUCCUUCUCAGUUAAUACAUUUAAAUAGAAUCUUAGAAGAUUUAAUAACAAAUCUAUCAUGAAAGAAGUUGUAGGUUAUGAAGGUACUGGAGUUAAACUUUCAGUAAAUCAUAACUAAAGUACAGAACUUUUUUGUAAGUCAAUCUGGAAUGGAGAAUAAACCAUUAUUUAAGAUUUCAUUGAUGAUACUAUUGGAAGAUCUAUUAGAGUUCUUGUAAUUGGUGGCAAAGCUGUUUCUGUCACUGAAUUCUAAGACAAUGUGGUAAUUUAAUAUUUUAAACUAGGAUUUCAAGUCUAAUGCAUAAAGUGAUGAUUUUACAAUUGAAUCUAAGAUGGAUUCUGAUAAAAAAAAUGAAUAUUUUAAAAUUGCUGAAAAAGCUUGUGCUGCAAUUGAUCCUCAUUUAACUAUUGGAGGUGUUGACAUUUUGGAUUCUAGAAAGAAUGGAAUUGUCAUUCUAGAAAUUAAUAGUUGGCCUGAAAUUACAUUCUCAUAAGAUGCUACAGGCCUUCCUCUCUUUGAUUAAUUUGGCUAAGAAUUCAUUGAAAAAAUUAUUACCAAUAUUAGAGAAAGAAAAAACUCAGCUUGA